CGCAACAUUGUUGCGCCGCCGCGGCUGUCGACACGCGCCGAGCUGCUGGUGGAGCUGCUGCUGGUGGUGGUGGUGGAGGUGCUGCUGGUGGUCGGACCCCGCUGGACCCGCUGGACGGACCGAAGGCCCCGCGGUGGUCGCUUUGAUCGCGGACCGAUGUGUCGGACACGCUGAGUGGUUUUUUGUUUUGGUUUGUUUUGUUUUAAUGCUCGCGGACGGAACGCGGCGCGGGGAGAAACGUCCGUCCCGUAUCCACCGCGGACCAUGUCUUUUUCAUGGCUGACUUGUUCACUUCUUCUGGGAACUUUGUGCGCAGGGUACAGUCUGGGCGAAGCGGAGACCCGGGAGUGUGUGUACUACAAUGACAACUGGCGCACGGAGAGGACCAACCAGAGCGGCUUCGAGCGCUGCGAGGGGGAGAAGGACAAGCGGCUGCACUGUUACGCCUCCUGGCUCAACUCCUCAGGGACCAUCAAGUUGGUGAAGAAAGGCUGCUGGCUGGACGACUUCAACUGCUAUGACAGGCAAGAGUGUGUGUCCAUGGAGGAAAACCCUCAGGUCUUCUUCUGCUGCUGCGAGGGCAACUACUGCAAUGAGCGGUUCACCCACCUUCCUGACAUGAUUGGCAUUGGCAACCGAGUGAAAAUCCAGCCUCCGACCCGAGUGCCGUCCCUGCUCAACGUGCUGGUCUACUCCCUGCUGCCUCUGUGUGUGCUGUCCCUGGCCCUGGUACUGGCCUUGUGGAUGUACCGCCACCGCAAACCUCCCUACGGCCACGUAGACCUGAGCGAGGAUCCAGGACCCACUCCUCCAUCCCCCUUGGUGGGUCUGAAACCUCUGCAGCUGCUGGAAAUCAAAGCUCGGGGGCGUUUCGGCUGUGUGUGGAAGGCCCAGUUGAUGAGCGAAUAUGUCGCUGUAAAGAUCUUCCCUGUUCAGGAUAAGCAGUCGUGGCAAAAUGAGCGGGACAUUUUCGUGACUCCGGGGAUGCGACAUGAAAACCUCCUGCGGUACAUCGCCGCGGAAAAACAUGGAAGCAACCUGGAGACGGAGCUGUGGCUCAUCACAGAGUUUCAUGAGAGGGGCUCACUGACAGACCACCUGAAGGGUAACACUGUGACCUGGAAUGAGCUGUGUCACAUAGCAGAGAGCAUGUCCCGCGGCUUGGCCUACCUCCAUGAGGACAUUCCCAGCUACAAGGGAGAGGGGCCAAAACCCACUAUUGCACACAGGGACUUCAAGAGUAAGAAUGUGAUGCUUCGCGACGACUUGACUGCGAUCAUUGGAGACUUUGGGCUCGCCGUACGAUUCGAACCAGGAAAACCUCCCGGAGACACUCACGGCCAGGUGGGUACGAGGCGUUACAUGGCCCCUGAGGUGCUGGAGGGGGCCAUCAACUUCCAGCGAGACUCCUUCUUGAGGAUAGACAUGUAUGCCAUGGGCUUGGUGCUGUGGGAGCUGGUGACCCGCUGCACGGAGGCCGACGGUGCUACCGGCGAGUACAUGCUGCCGUUCGAGGAGGAAAUAGGCCAGCACCCCUCCCUGGAGGAUCUGCAGGAUGUGGUCGUGCACAAGAAGAUGCGUCCAGCCAUCAAGGAGUGCUGGCUCAAACAUCCUGGGUUGAGCCAGAUGUCGGAGACCAUAGAGGAAUGCUGGGACCACGACGCGGAGGCACGGUUAUCGGCCGGCUGCGUCGAGGAGCGCAUCGGCCAAAUCGGCAGGUUGAUCAGCAGCACUACCUCAGACAGCCCCGUCUGCAUUGUCACGUCUCUCACCAACGAGGACCUUCCUCCCAAAGAGUCCAGCACCUGAACGGGAGGGGCGACGACACCACCAUCCUUCACCUGAGCUCCUGACUUUUUAUUUCUCAAAGCCCAAAACUCAGCGGAUCUCCGUGACUAUUUAAAGAUCAUGAAAAGAAACGACAACUAGCAACUUGAAUGCAGCUGCUAUUUUUAUCCCAAUACUGGUAUUAUUUUUUUUUCUUCUCUUCUGUUUCGAUGUUUUCAGUGUUUUUAAAGUCCGAUCUUACUAACACAUCCAUCUGCUGUAGUUUUGAAGUAGUAAUAAGCUAUGCGAUGGGCACAUCCGAUAACACCCGCGUGUCAAAUCUUUAAUGCUGUCAUUACCUCGUGUGUUUUGUUUUUGUGUUAGUCAACUUCUUUUAUUACCUCAUCAGUUUUCGUCUUUUCCUCGUCUUGGUCAUGUUCGCCUCGUGGCCAAAUGAAAUGAAUCUCUGCUCCAAACCGCGGACGACGUGCUUGCACACCUCGGAGGAACCGUUUUGAGACUGUUAAGACGAAAUAUAUUCAUCUUCCUCAGGGGUUCGAAGCGUCUCGACUCUUUUCAAACUCGAGUGUGCUCCCUUAUUUUAAAACCCGCGAACGCCUCAAAACGACGGGAAGAAAAGAAGAUCAAACGAACCGGAGCACGGCCGUUUUGUCGGAUGGGGAGGAGCUGAAACGGAAGUUGGAACAGUCGUAUUGGACAUUUUGAACUUUUUUGGAAGAUUCGGGACAACCACCGUGUCCCCGGGGAACUACCUCUCAGGUAUCCAGUCGGUUUCUUUGGAACACUCUCUCUAAUUUGAGAGCCAAGCUAUCCAGCUGGCUAUCAUGGACAUAUUCCUGGAUUUUUGUUUUCGUUCUCUAUUUUUUUUUUAUGCAGAAAUUCAGAGUUACUCCUUUGCCAGUUCCAGGGCUAUUGAUGGAUGCUGUCUGGAGUUGCAAUGUUACACAUUUUUGAUUUUCAGUGUGCGUGCGAGCGAGUGAGCGCGUGUCUGCGUGUGUGCGUGCGUGCGUGUGUGCGUGUGUGUGCGUGAGAAAGAGCGACGUUAAGUACUAAAUGAAAUGAGAUUGAUAGUGUUUUAAAGUAAAGAAUCAGUUGGGUUUCAUCCUUGCGAGGGCCAUACUUGAGUAAGCAACAUGUCUGUUUUUUUUUUUUUUUUUUAAUUUUCAUGGGUGUUUGUUCAACAGACUCAGUUCGGACACCAGUCCCCAGAUACCUCAGUCACCGUUCGUCAUGCAAGGAGAGCUCAGAUGGUUGCCUUUGUCUCAAAUGCAAUGCCAUAGUUGUACCAUACCACCAAUACCAUACAUUGAAUGUCCGUUAUGCUGCUGUGACUAUUCCAGGAUACUCAAGGAUAUGUAGAUGUACAUGUAUUCUUUGUUAAUAUAACGCUAACAUGUGAUAACUAUCCAUGAUAUUAUGUGAGGCUAAUAUUCUGUUUUUUUUUGUGUAACUUUUUUUUUUUUUCUCUCUUUUGACUGGGUAAGCCCCUCAGCUGCUUACUCCUCCAGACUGACCUCAGAUAUUCUGACAAGUACCUCAGGCUUUUUCUACAUGUAUAUCAAGUUGUGUUAUGUAUUCUAUUGUGUUUUAGUAGUUGAGAUAUUUUAUUGCCGGCUUGGCCUCUUUUGUCUGUGGAGAUUUGUUUUUAAAUGGAGCCUGACCAGUCGGCGCAGUGUUAACGCUGUACAAACCUAAAAGAAGAGGAGCGGCCGAUUCUUGUAAAUAGACGUGUGCACACAGUUGCGGAACACUGAUCCGUUUUUUGGUCGACAGGGCAUUGCAGUUCUCAGAAAAUGGAAAGGGAUUUCUCAGUUCCACCUCUACAUAUUUAAAGAAAAUUUGGACUACUAAAUUUUUUCUCUCUCUCUCUGGAAUGGUGGUUGUGUUACCGAUUUCUAUGAAUAACGGUAUCAGUUCCUCUGGAUCGGAAGCUGUGUUGGUAGCACUUGCAUCAGAAAGUUAAGUCAAUAAUAUUAAAAAAAAGAGAAAAAGCAAAAAAAAAAAAAAAGGCAACAAGGAAUCGUAAUGGUUUGCGGCGGGUGGCGUCUGUGAUUGGCCGCCUGUUUAAAAAUGCCAGUAUGAACAGUAUUACCUCAAUAUUAACCUGCUGAUGUGAUGUUCAGACCUGUUCCGUGUUCAGCCAUGUUUGACCACACACAGGCUCUUCUGUUGUACUUUGACUAGUGCUGUGCAAAGAUGGUGAAUUUUAUUUUUUUUAUUUUUCUUUGGACAGUGGUCUGUAACGCUUGCUCCCGUGCAGUUUUGGUAAAGAACAUGCAGAACAAAACAAAACAAAAAAAGAAGACAGAAAUUCAAGGCAGAACAAUGUUUUUGGUGUUUGGAAAAUCAUCAAAGUGUCUAUAACCACAUGAUUGAUAGAUUUUUUUUUUGAUAAUGCAGCCCAAUUAGGAGUGAUGUAAACAGGGGCAUAUGCGUGGUCCAAGGGUCCAGCAAUAUUUAUUAUACAGCAAUAGUCAUUUGAAUAUCAUAGUUCAAAGUCAUUCGACUCAUCUGUGACUUAGCAGUUUUCUGCUGCGGAUCAGUGAAGGACAUGUCAUCACACCUGGAUCAUGUUGAGAUGUGGACGCGUGUUCAAGCAUCCUGAUUAGAUGGGGGGGGGGAAAAUGCUGUGGGUUGAAUUUUGUGUGUGCGAGCUGAACGUGACCCAGGUGCUUUUUAAACGUAUUGUGCCA